CGAGAAGGUACAAAAUUUGAAAUUUCCGAAUAAAAUUUCUAGAGAGAGAACGUAGAUUUGUUUUGAAAAAGAAUAUUUUGGCAGAUUUUCCAUUCAUUACAUUGAUUGAUCAUUCAUAAAUCUAAGCGUGGUGUUGAGAUUUCCUUGUUUUCUUCAUUGUAUUUCAUCUUUUUUCUGAACUUGAUCAUCAUCAUCAUCGACAGCGGAUAAAUUUCCAUUUGUUUCUGUUUUGGGUUUUCCCGUAAUCGAUCGAAAUCUGAUAUCAGAUUUUGUUAGUAUCUGGAUUUUUGAUUGAAAGUUUUUAACUUAAUUUUAGGCGUUGAUUGGUUUUUGGCGAAGAACACACGGAACAGAGAAAAACACUUUGCAAACAAUUUGUUUCUAUACGUUUUAUCUUUCGGAUAAUAGAUUUUGGUAUGCCGGAAAAUCGGCGUGUUCAGAGGAACAAUUCUUCCAUCUCCAAUUCUUCGUUGAAUCAUAACAUUGAAGAAGCUAUAAGGCGAUUGAGAAUUCACUCAGAUGGGAAAGAAGAUGAAACUGAUUCAACAGUGUAUCCAGAUCGACCUGGAGAACCCGAUUGCAUAUAUUAUUUAAGAACUGGAGCGUGUGGCUAUGGUGAUAACUGUAGGUUUAAUCAUCCAACUUACAAUGCUCAGAUGAAUCAUCAUGGAGGUGACCUCCCAGAAAGAAUUGGAGAGCCAGAUUGUGUUUAUUUUUUGAAGACGGGUACUUGCAAAUACGGAUCGACAUGCAAAUACAAUCACCCCCGUGAUAGGCGUGGUUUAGGACCGGUUGUGUUAAACAUGGUCGGGCUACCUAUGCGACAGGACCAAAAAUCAUGCUCUCAUUAUCUACGAACCGGAUCAUGUAAAUUUGGAGUCACAUGCAAGUUCCACCACCCACAACCACCGUUAGAACCAACAUCCCACGGCGGUGGUCCACCACCGUGGCCAUAUCCGACCCCCCAAACUUACUUUCCGGUCAUGCUGCCGCCCUCUACCGCCACCCAUGGGUGGAGCCCGGUUGGCCUUCCAUUAAGACCCGGUCAACCCGUGUGUUCGUAUUAUAGUCUUUAUGGGAUUUGCAAAUACGGGCCGGGUUGUAAAUAUGAUCACCCUGUGAUGGUAUAUUCAUACAAUUACCCCAUGGGGAUGAAUAUGAUGACAUCAUCAGUCCUCCCAUACGCAACAAGUAAUGGAAAGUUAUCUACAAAUGAUUCUUCUCAAUCUCAUUCUGAUUAAAAGUUGGAAUAUCGUUUUGUUAUUUGUGUUUUUGUUUUUGUCGAAAAAAACUACACUUUAUCACUAUUGUUUAUACUUUAUAUACCUUUCGAUAUAAAUUAUUUACAAUUUGUUGGA